AUGUCUUUCUACGGACUCUCACUGCCUACCAGGGCUCUCCUUCCACGUAUCACAACUCCAGGCAGUAGACCUGGGAGGGCGAAUCGCAAGCGUGGCACUUCGUCCGAGAUUUCAGAGUAUAUUAGCCUGUACACGACGCCCUCAAGAGAUGACCUCGUCCCAGAGUUCCGCCACGUUGAGAACAUCAAACCAAACACCGAAAACCCCUACCGACCAGACAGAUACAAUGACGUUCAUCAUGUAUCGGAAGUUCAAGAACUUGCCUCACCGUCUUCUGAAUUCCAGUCUCAGGCGACUCCAGUCGCCCAUAAGUCAUACAAAAUCCCGCUGCCAGACAUGGGAUUCGUUCACUUCGAUACAACACCAUUUACCUCACCGGUUGUCAAAGAUGAUACACGAAGCCCUGCCGCAUCUUCCGACUACCCAUCUGAAGGGAUUCGAUCCGAGGAGUGCCUAUCCCCACCAGAUGAUGGUAAAUUGAGUAUCCGGCAGGGCGAGUUCAACUUGUCUGGUUUGCACGAGUAUUAUUACAGCGGUCCCCGAGAGCGCACAUCCGAAAUGCGCUCUACCUCAGUUACGGAUGCUGCCGGUCCCCAUAUCAGGAACACCAGCACGAGUCUACAAGAUGAACUGGCCACUGCAAAUGCUGGUCCAAAUGUCUUCGAUGAGGGAAGUACAACAGCAAGCGAUGCGGACAGGAGUAGCCAGGGUAGCUCGAGUAGAAAAUCAUCUGCCACUAUGAUUGGACGGACUUUCACUGGUGAGAAGUUAGUCAAGAUACGCACAUGGAUGUUCACAUCUCCGGCGCUUUGA